AUUCAAGGGGGGAAUUCACACAGAGAAUAAAACGAGAAUAAAGCAGCGGCUUGGCCGCUGCUAUGGUGGUCGCCGGCGAUGGUAGCAGGCGGCGCGGCGAACGGCCAGAAGACGCGCAGCAGCUCCAGCUCCAGUGGGCAGCCUCCAUCACAGCUCUAGUUUACUCAAUUUGUUCAUCUUCUUCAACAAUUGGUUGCUUUUAUCUUAUGCAAAUGGAAAGCUAUUCAAUUGAUUCUAGUUUUCUACAAACGCCAUCAUUUGCUUCUAUAACGUUGGGGAAUUGGGUUCUUGAUGUACCAGACAACUUAAAGAUUAAAAUAGGGCGAGAUGAUGAGAAAUUGAAAGUGAUUUUAGAGAGUACGACUUCCCUUGAGCAUGAACUCACUGAUAUGGGGCCAACAGUUGCAAAUGAUAAAAGGAAAGACUUGGAAACUUAUUUUGGAUGCAAAGUGCCUGAUAGAGUUGAAAUUCAUCCUCCUACCAUUGGAGUCACUAAGGGAAGGAAAAGGAGGAUUAAGAGUGGUGUGGAGAAGGGUCAAGAAAAACAAAAGCACACUCGACGUUGUCGUUCAUGCAACAAAAUGACUACGCAUGACAGCCGUAAUUGUCCAUUGAAAAACAACAGUAAAAGCAGCAGUGAUGAAGAGUAAUCAAUAUGCUCCCGUGGUUUAGCAUAUACGCUGUUAUUUAAGAUCCUGACAGAGAUUGCCUUGACAGGUUAUUCAUGUAAAGAUAUGUCAUAUAAGUAAAGUAAUCAGGGCACAGUCUACUGUGAUGAUACUUGUACCCAUCAUCAUCAUCAAGAACAUUUUUCUAAAUCUGGCCACGUCAUUUCAGUGGUGUUAACUUGAAGCAAAACAGCAAUAAGAAGGUCUAGCAGCU